GUGGUGGUGGUGAGUGCGUGCCCAUGUGAAGAAACAGAAGAGUGACCGCUACACGGCAUUCGGGCGUCUUUUUGUUGUAUAUUCCGCUGUAACAAUGGACAUGAAGGAUUCCGGUAGCGUUAUUUUGACAGCGUACCAUUCAUUUACGCCGACAUCAAGGAUACAUUUGGUGGACGAAAACUAUGCAGCUCCCAUCUCCCCAAGACGUUCUCUUUUCAGCAGGAAAGCUCAGUACCAGGGGAUCGGCAGGAUGAGUGCGCUAGGGGCGAUGCCCCCCACCCCGCCGGAGCGCUCCCCGUCCCGGGACUCUGAGGACUCCAUGGAGGACUACUGGAGCGAGGUCAAGAACAUCCAGGAGGACUGUCACGGAGCCACGGAAGAGGCCAUGGAGAGGGGAAGCAUUGACGAGGUGGAGCUGGAGGAGGCGUGGCUUCACGAAGCCGGCCUAUCAACGCUUGUGUCUGGCGCGCUGGGGGAGGGGCCUGCCGAGGCCCUGCUGUCCACGCUGACGCGCUCGCAGGCGGCCAUGGUGAAGAAGCGCCUGGACAACUACACGCAGACCAUGCGCAAACGCAACAAGCAACCCAUGAGGCACGUCAGAGACGUCUUCUCCACGCCAGAGAGCUCGCCAGUAGAGCCUCUGCCACCCCCGCUUUCCCCCAACGGACAGAUCGCUCACAAACUGCCUCAUCGGACGCCUACUAGAGGACCGCCCAGUCCAGUGUUUCAGUCGGCCGAGGAGACGUGCGUGUCAGAAUACGACCCAUCGGAAUACAUCUUGUCGUUCGACGUGCCCUACUCAGACGGCGUGACCGGCCAUCGUAACGGCACCGGCUGCCAAGACUGCCAGAGGAUCCGAAAAGAUGACAAAGACCUGCCAACCUUUCAGAUCAUCAAACCCAAGCUGGGUCUCACCAGGGUGUAUGACCUGUCAUCAGAGGACAUGAAGAAGAUUGGAUACUUUGCUCUGAUAGAGCUGACCACUUUCUACGAUGGCCUGGGUAUCGAACUGAAGAGGAACCGCGUGGUGCGCAGUAAGACGCGAGAGAGCGGCAUAUUUGGGGUCCCUUUGACAACCCUCUUGGAGAACGACCAGAAAAAACUCCCCGGUUCACGAGUUCCUCUUGUUUUUAAAAAGCUGUUGUCUAAACUGGAGCAGACAGGCCUCCAAACGGAGGGCAUUCUGCGGGUGCCAGGAUCGGCCUCCAGAGUCAAGCAACUUCGUCAGGAGCUGGAGUCUAAGUUUUACGAGGACCGCUUUGACUGGGAGCAGGUGCGGCAUAACGACGCGGCCGGGCUGCUGAAGAUGUUCAUCAGAGAGCUGCCGCAGCCCCUGCUAACGCUGCAGCACUUACCUGCCUUCGCCGCCGCACAGAACAUCUCCUCUCCGAAGCACCAGAUCCAGGCCUUGCACUUACUUAUCAUGCUGCUUCCCGAGCCCAACAGAGACACUCUCAAGGCCCUGUUGGAGUUCCUGCGCAAGGUGGUGGCCAACGAGGAGAGGAACCGCAUGAGCAUGUGGAACGUGUCCAUGAUCGUGGCCCCCAACCUGUUCACCGUGCGCAGCAAGGACGCGCGGCAGGAGGAGAUGGCCGGAGCCGCCGGGGCCGCCAACAUGGUGCGCCUGCUCAUCACGCACCAGGACCUGCUCUGGACGGUCCCCUGCUUCCUAAUCUCGCACGUGAGGAAGAUGGCAGAGGCGGCAGCCCAGAAGAAGACGCCCAGCUCAGACAAGAGCAAGAGGAAACUGCUGAGGAGACGCCACACCGAGAGGGAGAAGGAGAGGAGCGAGCUCAUGGAUCUACGCGAGGGCGUCAUCAGGGUUCAUGCGCCCCUCCACGCCAAGGUCUCCAUGGCGAUACAGCUCGACAGCAAGACCAAGGCGCGCGAUGUCAUGGCUCGCUUCGACUAUGAGAACGGGCGAGGGACACUCAGCACCAGUCGGAAGCAGAAACAAUUUCUGUUUGAAGUCGGAGGGAACAUAGGGGAGCGUUGCCUGGAGCCGGAGACCCUCCUGCUGAACGUGUACCGAGCCAACCCGCACUGCGAAUGGGUCCUCAAGCAGCGGACCACCUGAAACCUGAAGACCACCCCCUGGCUCCAGCAACACGGAGCAGAGCGGAGAGAAGCAGGACUAUAUCAGAAGAAUAACAAACAGUGUUACAUGUGGAGCCAUCUACUGGUCAUUCUGAGGAAUGAACUUGGCCGUGCGGUCAGGUGGAGUCUUGUUGUCGUUGUUUUGGAUUUGCCGACUGGUCCCCUGUCUCUGAACCACGUUGGGUGGAGAGACACCACAAAGACCUGUGAGAUUCAAGCAGUAUCGGUUCGGAUCUGGCACUGGGGCCCUACGGCACCUGAAGGAUUUAAUUUUUUCUUUCUUUUGUAUUCAUCUAAGCCCUUUUCAGUGUUUAAAAAAAGAAAGGAAUUACCACAGCAUAUCCUACACAGGCUACAAAAAAACCCUAACCUGGUUUGGGCACCGAGUCAUUUUUGACACAGGUCGCAUCAGAGUUUGACUUACGAAACAAGAAAAAAAAAGAGAAAAAAAACCUACAAUGCUGGCCAUUGGGAUUUGUUUUUUUCCCCCUUCUUUUGUUUUUGGUGCCAAAAUGGGACACGCUGCAAUAGCCCACUCCACUGUUUCUUUCACCACCAGGUUGUAGGCCUCUCGACACAGCCCUGUUUACCACACGCUCACAGCAGAGGCCCAACUGUUCAAAGGACAGAUGAAAAAACGAAAGAAGAAAGGAAAAACAAAAAACACAAAUGUACAUAUGAUAUUUAUACCACUAAUUUAUCCAACCUUUUUUUAUAAGCAUUUACUGUAUGUACCAUACCAUGUUAAGAACACCACUUUUUUGUAUUGUUUUUAUGCGCUGCAUGUGUGUAUUGGAAGACAUUAGACCCUACCACACUAGUUAAGUAUGUACGUAUGUGCUGUAUGCUUAUCUGAAACGUUUUAAAGAAAUGUUAAUAACCUCCGCUGAGAGAGAGAAAAAAAGAACAUGAAUCUCAAUGAAGAGGGCUGAAGAUGGAUGGAUGCUGGAUCUGCAUCUGACUUUGAACUUGGCUAACCUACCUGUGACUGUAUCUGUGCACAUUAACACUAAUCCAACCUUCCACUGAUAUUCGCUCGUUCAUAAGGAACACACACACACACACACACACACACACACACACACACCGUACACAAAAUAAACUCUAAAUAAACUCUAAAUAAACACAAACAUCAUGUACAUACAUUUAAAAAAGCAUUCGACACUCUUACAAACACACACACAAACACACCUUCAUACACUACGUAUAAAGUGAACACACAGAAGAGAUGGCUCUCUGACACUUCUGCCAGACUAGAACCUUGAAUAACACUAGGAGCACUGUCAUGUCACGACGAUAACACUCAUAACACUUGGAGCUUGCUGAAGACUUUGACAACACGAUGAUGCAUAUUUGACAACCCUUUGAGCAUGCUUCAGGACUGACGUCGUUGAACUUUGUACAGGAUUAUCACUAACAGGACUUACUGAUAUAGUUCCACUUCUGCCAAAAUACUUUUUGUUCUUACUGUUUUUAUUUUAUUUUUUAAAAAAGACACUCACUUAAGACCUGCAGCAGUUGCACUGGCUUGUAAAAAAACGUUUACUUUUCCAGCAGCGCUCAGGUAUAGUAUUGUUGUCGUGUUUAUUGAAACAUCAGUGUAGCAAACAGAAUCCAUUUUUUGUAAUGAUGCGUACAGUAUGUUUUUUGUGUAUAGUGUACCCUAACGUGUGCUGAGUACCACUGAGGACUUUUUGUAUGAUUUUUGUUUUUGUUUUGUAUCAUUAUUAUUAUUAUUAUAUAUUUACCACUGCCAACAGUACUUACGUUUGCCUUGAAUCAACAGCUGCUCUGUUCUCUUGCAGUCUUAUAUCAUGAACUACACAGCAUUAAACUAAGACCUUGGGAGAGACAAGAAAC